AUGGCAAACAUUAAUUGCACACAGUUAGGUUUACUACAACAAAUAUUUGUUUGUCAUUUCUGUUUUGAUGAAUUUCAACAAAAAUCCGCAUUAGUGCAACAUUUUCAAAGUUGUAGUAAAAAGUCAUCAUCGGUAAUUCAGACAUUAUUGAAAGAUGAUCAUUCUGGUAAGAAAACAAAAAAUGAUUCAACUAUAUCAGAUCAAUCAUUAGCAAUACUGGAUGAUUCUCUGAGUGUUGAUAUUGAUUAUACGAGAUUAGCAAUUAUAAGCCGUACGUACAUACUCAAACUGAAGCGACAUCGUGAUCUAAAUGAUUCACAACAACACCAAUCAUCGCACAAUCAAGAUAUCAUAAUUGAUGUUGAUAGCCAUUUUCGAAUGGAUGUUAAUAACGCGUUAUGCGUCUUAUUGUCAAAAGAAAAUCAAAACAAUAAUGAACAACAUCAAAUAGCCAAUAAUCUGACAACAAACGAUGAAGACUCAUCCUACUUCUCUAUUCCAUUUUCCUCUAGCUAUAGUCGUCGUUUACUUAACACACGUAAUCAUCAUCAACCAUCAUCUAUUGUGCUAAACAAUACUACUGAUGAACCAAUUUACGAUUCAUACGUGGAUAAUACAAUAAUUUCUAACAUAACCACAGAACCCAUCACUUUACGUUUGUACAACAACGUAUCAAUAAAUAGUAAAACCUCGAUACAUGUAUAUAAAUAUUCACGUUAUGAACGUAAAUUGUUUUAUAAAAGUGUUGAAAAAGCAGUAUUGAAGAAAAGUUUUACAGAAACAUCAACGGCAAUGUUUUACAAUAAUAACAACAAUAACAGCAGUUCUGUUAAUAAUUAUUACAAUAGUGAUAGUAAUAAUAUUAAUAUGAAAAAGCGAAAACAUCAACGGUAUCAGCCAAAUAUCGCCUUGUGUAGUAAACCGAUCAAGUUUCAACGUUUAUCCUAUCAUGAACGUUAUGUGCCUCGUUACUCACAUCGACAAUCGGCAAAUAUUUAUCCACUUUUAUUUGACCCAUUAUUUUCCACAUUUGUGUCGUACGAAAAACGUUACAUCGAACAGCAACAAGAGAAUGAUGAUAAUAGCGACAACAAUUAUGUAGAUAAGUCGUAUCGUUACUUUUUAGAAAAAUAUUCUGACGCAUUAGAAAACAAUUUUCAAUUACUAAAUUUGAUUGCUAGUCAAGAAUUUCAACUAGUCAUUAGUAAUACACAGGAUAAUAAUCGUCUAUGUCGACAACAAAAUUUAUUCGAUGUAUUACGGCAAUAUUUAUGCAGUCACUCUUCUACGGAGACUGAUGAUAAUGUAAAACGAAAUUACUUGAUUAAGAACAAUGAUACUGAUCAUAUAGCAUCAAGCACAAACAACGACGGCUUAUUUGUCCCACCACUUAAAAUUAGGCGCUAUAAUUCACAAAUAUUAUCAAACAACAAUAAUCAUCAAGAAAAACAAAAACAUUCAACAACAGCGUCAUUGACAUCAAUGAACGAUCAUCAAAAAAUGAAUGGUAAUUUUCUUAAUAUUAGAAGAAAUAGCCGCUCAACAUCACCAGCUCAUUCGUCAAGUUCAAACAGUUCAUCAAUUAAUUCUUCAUCAAGAUCAUCAGGUGCAUCACGUGAAUAUUAUUUAAAUAAAACACAUGCGUCCAUACUCUCUUCCAGUUCUCGACGUGGUAUUAGACAGCGUCGACUAGCACCGAAAGCAGCGGCUCUUAUUGAGCAAAAACAACGUCGUGAAAAGAAGGAUAUAUCACCAUCAAAACUCAAUCAAACUUCAACAACUACAAUGCUACCAUUAACUAUUCGCCGCUCACCAUCUGGAAAAUUUUAUUAUGAUAAAUCGAUACCGCUGCAAUCUGCAUCUUCAACAAUAAAUAACAAUAAUGAGCAAGAACAAUUAAUUGAGUCGACAAAUCAGUCAAAUUCACCUGAUUGCAAAAUAAUCUCACUGGAAGAACAGGCAAAAGAACGAGUGGAAAUCACAACAAAUCAAAUGUCGUCAUCAGAACACGGCUUAUUUUCUAUCUCAGAAUAUAAAAAUAUCGUAACGUCAUCGCCGACACCCCUUUCUCCCCUAAUUCUUCAAACAUUGACCGACGUUUCUACCACUACUACUGUCAAUAGAGAACCAAUUCCCAAACUUCGAAUUGUUUCAUCUGCAACUACACAUGGCCUAAGCGCCACCAUCGUUCCUCAAUUGUUAAGUAUCAAUAAGCCAAGCAACAAUGAGUUUACCGUCAAUCAAAAUACAUUUAACAACGAAAAAGAUGAAAAUCACAUUAGAGACAGGCAAAAAACUAAAACAAAUGAAAUGCUCAAGACAAUAGCGAAAACAACAAUAGAUCGAACACGUCUAAACCGUCCACUUAAGCAACAACAACAACAAACGAGAAAAACGUCACAAACAUGUAUGGAACAAUUUUCCAUUAAAAAUACCGAUGACUAUUCAGAUAUAUCCAUAAAUCCGAAACCAUUACGUUCAACAUCAUUAGAUAUUGCUCAAGGCUGGGUAUCAAGUAAUGUUUUUUCAAAAUGUCAUGUAUGUGGUGAAGAAGAUUGGUAUGUUUCAACGUCAACGGAAUGCAUGCGUUUACAUAUAUCAUCGAAACAUGCGAAUUUGGAAGAUAGUUUUAAACGUCGUCUGUCAAAUUAUACAAAUCGUCAAAAACGACAUCUCAGAAUAUUUCAACAUCAUUUAAAAUUUCAGCAAUGUUGGAGUGAAGAACAAAUAACAAACAUAUUCCAAAUAUCUGAUGUACAAACAACACAACAAGUAAAUACAUCAAUAUUAAAUGAAUAUCAUUAUAAUAUUAGCAUCAAAAGUCAAAAAUAUAUUAUCAUGAGUUUGUAUCCUGACGUUGUUAUGGGACUACGGAGAACUCCUUCAUCUCUGGCAAGAAAGCGCAAUACAAUUGACCCUUUGUCUUCGGAGUCACCAAAACCCCGACUAUCACAUGAUAUCGAACAACAAUUACACUCUCCAUCACAAUCUGCUUCCGCAUUAUCAACUUUCACCAAUCUCUCACCAUCGCGGCAUUCAUUGACAUUUCUAAAACCAACAAUCCCUCCAUCGUUUCUUUCCUCAUCUUCUCCUACCUCAACAUUAAAAUCAUCUUUAUUUAGCCCUAUAAAAACGACAUUUAUGUCAAAUUCAUUAUCUAGCCAAUCUUCAUCCGAACAAAUCGAUAAUUAUUUUCACCGACGUUAUCGACAUUUAGAACAUAAUAUUGAUUUAACGUUAAACGUGAGUAGAUGGCUGUUAGAAAACGUUCUGUGUUAUUCGAUUGAAACUGUAAAGCGUCAAUCUCAAAUUCAGUCAGAAUCGACUCGUUAUCAUUUAACUGUGUUCACGGCUAUUGGUACGCUAUAUAAAAUUAAAUAUCAUCAAGGUGUUGGGUGUUUAUGGAAAGGAUGUUUUAGUUCAUUAAUUUUGAAUACAAUGACAUCGAUAACAGAAAAUAUAAUCGAUCAAACAGCUCCAAUUAAACAAGAAACAUCUAUAAAAAUAUUCAAUAUUGAAUUGUUAAAACAUCUUUUAUGGAAAACGUUAAGUUCAAUUAUUUUAGUGGUACCGAUUUAUUCUGUCCAUUUAAUACGUUCCGUUCAAAGUGAUUUAACUGUUUACUCAUAUUCACCCGUGGAUAUAUUCAUUGAACCAUUUCGACGUUUAAUGGGUUUGAAAAUUGGUUUAAAUGCGAGAGCUCUACCACUAUGGCAAAUAUUAUCCAUUGGUGUACCAUAUUUUGUAUUACGUUAUUCGUUGCAAUGCACUUUUUAUAAUACAUUCAUACAAACAUUAUCAACAUUCAGAACAAAACAACAACUACACCAACAACAACAUAAUCGUUUGAAACAAAUUGAAGAAAUUGAAAAUAUAGACGACAUUGAGUAUGAAAUAAUUGAAUCUAUACCAUCAAUGGUUGAAAAUUCUUAUUUAAAAAUAGAAUCAAGUAUUUUAUCAGUAUGUACUGCACAAAUUAUUUUAUAUCCAUUUGAAACUGUCAUGAAUAGAUUAUUUGUACAAGGUACAAGAACAAUUAUUGACAAUUUGGAAACAGGCACAGGAUGUAUUGCGAUAAAUACAAGAUAUAUAGGAUUUUGGGAUUGUGCACGAACAAUCCAAGAAUUAGAAGGAUCCAAAGGUUUCUAUAAGGGUCUAGGAUUUUUAACAUUAAAAUAUGGUCUUAUUUAUUUAUUAUCAUAUUCGAUUAAAAUAUUUAUUGAAAAAUUAGCUAUGUUAUAUGCACAACAAACAAGUGAAAUAGGAAAAUUUCAUUAUGCUACGAAACAACAACAACAAACUCAAGAACAAGAUAGAUUAUUUAUUUAUUUGGAUGCAGCUUAUAUCGACACAUCACCAGUGAAACAAUCAGCAGUGAUCAGUGUUCCAGUUUCCGAACAUGAAACGAUUGUUAAUAGUCAGAUACAAGAACAAAAUAUAUCUUCAACAACAGAAAAAACUUUGAUUCGUGUUAUUCGUCUUAAUGAUGAUCUACCGAAUGCUAGACGUCAGAAACGACAACUCAUCGAAGGGGAAGAAAUAAUGGGCAUAGCAAAGAAAGUAGCAAUCACCAUUAUUGUGAUUGUCUCACUUUGCGUUAUAUGUUGUAUUGCUACCAUGGUCAUUAUUUGCGUUAAAUGUUGCUGUAAUAAUGAUAGAAAGCGAGGACGAACUCAAACAAUUCAAGUUCCUCAACCAAUAUUCAUUCAUACAAAUCAAAAUUAUCAACCAUCUCGUCAACCAGGCUAUAAUCCAAUACAAAUGCAACCGUAUGAAUCUCAAGCUAUGUUGCAACCGAGUGCACCUCUAGCGUAUCAUGCUGACUACGAUAUACCUGCUCAUCAUCAUACUGAACAACCUCCAUCUUAUAAUGCUUUGUAUAAUAAAAAAGUAUAA